AUGGUCUAUGUAUGCACUACAGAUGAUGUUCAAUAUCUUUUCAUGAGGAAGCCUGAUCAAAAAGCUGCUGCAUGGAAGUCAAAAUAUGAUCACUUUACUGAUAUUGAAAUUAUUGCCACCAGUCUUGAAGUCAACCUUGAAGAUCUUCCUACCACCACUACCAUUACUACCAUUACCACUUCUAGAAAUAUUUUCACUUUCACCACUACAACCAUCAACAUUACAACGAAUACUAUCAUUACCACUACCACUACCACAACUACUAUCAUUACCAUUACCACUACCACCACCACUACCACUACCACUACCACCACUACCACCAUCACUACCACCACUACCAUUACUACCACCACCACUUCUACCACUACCAAAACUACCACUACCAUUACUACCACCACCACUACCACUACCACCACUAUCAUUGCUACCCCUACCACCACUACUACCACAACCAUUUCUACCAUUGCCACUACCAUUACUACCACUAAAACUUCUACCACUACCACCACUACCACUACCACCACUACCAUUACUACCACUACCAACACUACCAUUACUACCACUACCAUUACUACUAUCACUACCAUUACUACCACUACCAUUACUACCGCUACCAUUAAUACCGCCACUACCACCACUACCAUUAACAGCACUACCAUUACCACCACUACCAUUACUACCAUUACCACCACCACUACCAUUACUACCGCUACCAUUACUACCACCACUACCAUCACUACCACUACCAUUACUACCACUAAAACUUCUACCACUACCACCACUACCACCACUACCAUUACUACCACUACCAUAACUACUACCACUACCAUUACUACCACUACCAUUACUACCACUACCAUUACUACCGCCACUACCACCACUACCAUUAACAACACUGCCAUUACCACCACUACCAUUACUACCAUUACCACCACCACUACCAUUACUACCACUACCAUUACUACCACCACUACCAUCACUACCACUACCAUUACUACCACUACCACUACUACCAUCAUUACCAUUACUACCACUACCACCACUACCAUUACUACCACUACCACCACAACCACCACUACCAUUACUAUCACUACCACCACCACCACUAAUAUUACUACCACUACCAUCACUACUGCCACUACCACUACAAUUACUACCACUAAAACUUCUACCACUACCACCACUACCACUACCACCACUACCAUUACUACCACUACCAACACUACCAUUACUACCACUACCAUUACUACUAACACUACCAAUACUACCACUACCAUUACUACCACUACCAUUACUACCACCACUACCACCACUACCAUUAACAACACUACCAUUUUCACCACUACCAUUACUACCAUUACCACCACCACUACCAUUACUACCGCUACCAUUACUACCACCACUACCAUCACUACCACUACCAUUACUACCACUAAAACUUCUACCACUACCACCACUACCACCACUACCAUUACUACCACUACCAUUACUACUACCACUACCAUUACUACCACUACCAUUACUACCGCCACUACCACCACUACCAUUAACAACACUGCCAUUACCACCACUACCAUUACUACCACUACCAUUACUACCACCACUACCAUCACUACCACUACAAUUACUACCACUACCACUACUACCAUCAUUACCAUUACUACCACUACCACCACUACCAUUACUGCCACUACCACCACAACCACCACUACCAUUACUAUCACUACCACCACCACCACUAAUAUUACUACCACUACCAUCACUACUGCCACUACCACUACUAUUACUACUAGUACUACUACAAAAACUAACUUAUCAUUUGAACAUAGAAAUACUUGCUUACCGUGCCACGCAUCAGCCUUUAAAAAAUGUUCCAAUUUGUAUAACUCAUAUUUUAGCUCAAGAUAUCUUUUGUCAUUGAGAACCAGAGAGGCAUACUCUUUCUCCAAAUUUCUCUCCGCCAAUAGCUCUUCCACUAAGUUCCUUUCUACCAGCUUGAAAUCAGAAGAAUAA